AUGAAACCACAGAAUGAAGAAAGCAUCGGCAUAGGCAGCCGCCUCCGGCUGUUCUCCAAGACCACCUUUUUCAUCAUGAUAUACACGGCCAGCUGUGCCUUCAACUUUGGCUAUGAUGUCGGAAAUUUCGGUGGCGUCCAGGGCAUGCAAAGUUUCGGGAAGAUAUUCGGCCAAUACUAUGAGAAGAACGGGAAAUACGCCCUGCCAGCCUACCUUUCCUCGGUCAUGACUUCGGUUCCUUUCUUCGGCAAAGUUUUUGGUGUCAUUUGCGGCGCGUGGAUUGCUCAAAAGUUUGGCAGGAAACCAGCGAUUGCAAUCUUGAUCGCCAAUGGCUUCGUAGGCAUUACCUUGCAAACGGCGGCCACAACAGCAGCUCAGUUUACCGUGGGCCGGGUGAUCAAUUUUGCAACGACCGGUUUGACGAUCAUUGUGGUGCCCAUCUACCUUGCUGAAACGAGUCCUCGCGAGCUUCGUGGGAUGAUGAAUGCUACGAUCCAACUGAUGAUCAUUCUGGGUCAGUUGGUUGCCUCGUUGGUCAACUUGGGCACCAAGGACCUGAAGAGCAAUGCUGGCUGGCGAAUCCCGGUCGGUCUUCAAUUCAUUCCUGCAGGACUUCUUGCAGUGCUCUGGUUUUUGCUUCCCGAGUCGCCUCGAUGGCUCCUCUCACAACACCGCACCGAAGAUGCCGUCAGAUCUCUGCAGAGAAUCUCAAAAGCCAGCAAGCCGAUGGGCGAAAUUGAGUCGGACAUCGCCAUGCUCCAGAGAGAGCGUGCCAAUGAGAGCAAGGGCACUUGGAGAGAGGUCUUUGACCAAAAAAACAGACGUCGAACGGCUGUCGCAGUCCUAGCAAUGUUUGGACAGCAAAUCACUGGCCAGGCAUUCGUUUCUCAGUACUCGGUCAUCUUCUACCAGCAGCAGGGCUAUGCCAGCCAGGCGUUUGUCUUCACGGUGCUCAACAACGUCGUCUCGUUGGUCUGUCUCAUCUUCACCUGGUUUAUUGUCGACUCAGUUGGUCGCAGGCCUAUCCUUCUCUUUGGGGCCUUCAUGAUGGCGCUCUUCCUUCUGAUUCUAGGGGGCCUUUCGACAAUCGCGAACCCGACACAGGGGGCGAGGCACAUGAGCAUUGCCAGCGUCAUGCUUUUCGGAGCCGGAUACAGUCUUUCGUGGGCUCCUGUUUCCUACAUUAUCGUCAGCGAAGUCGCCUCUACAAGAGUCAAGGAGAAGACCAAUUUGCUCGCAUGUGUGAUCUCCGUGCUCACGACGUUUGUCACUUCCUUCACCAUCCCUUACCUCAUCAACGACCAGUACGCCGGGCUCGGUGGGAAAGUCGGGUUUGUCUACGGCUCCAUCUGCGCCGCCAUGUUUGUCGUGGCCUAUCUCUUCAUCCCUGAGCUCAAGAACCGGAGCUUGGAAGAGGUGGAUCAGCUUUUUGCUUCAGACACUUGCAUGCGCAAUUUUGGACAAGUCGAGACCCAGGCGGCCGAGACAGUUGAGGCGACGGAGGUGCACGAGGUGGAGUAUACCACCAAGGACGAGGAGGCCUAA